CGGAAGGUGUGUGCCUGCGCCUCACUAUUGGGUAGACGCGGCACCCGUGCUCUCUCCUCUCCUCAGGAUUCUGGUGUCUGUCCAACUCCCUGGUUAGUCAGUCAUGCCAGGCUCGGUGGUGGGCGAAGCAUCAUAAUAAUAUGAACCUGGCCAUGUGUGUCUCUACGUCGAUCCUUCCAACUUUCCCCGUUCUUCAUAUUUUGAAUCCUUAUUUUCUUGCCCACUCUGUCUUGAAUCAAUAUCCUCAAGAGUCGACAGAUCAUCAUAAGCACGGUGUGCUUGUUUGUGACAAGCUGUUGAUCUUGCAUCCACCCCCCGUCAGGUCCCCAGGUACGCCAAUCUUGCUAAGUCAGCAAUUCUCCUACCGAAACCCGGCAAUCGUGGGCCAUCUCACUUGCGUGGAUUCACCUUCCACCGCCGCCCCAGCCAUGUGUUACAGUCUGAUCACAUACAAGUGCGGCCACACUCGAAAGUCGUAUGCUUUGGACUGCAAAUGUGAAAAGCAACGAAGUGUUGGUCCUUCGAGUUUUCGGUGCAGCGACCAUUGUCCUGGAUAACACGCGCCGGAUGUCCAUGGCAGAUGACAUAACGAGGUUACGAAAUGACUGUAUAGAUUAGUCCAAACUUGUGCCACCAUGCCGGAUUUUCCUUGAUGUCUUGAUAAAUGGUUGGAACUUUUUCUUUACUUGUGGCAGAACAAUCUUGUAUUGUGUUGUCGAGGGUCGACGGCACCUUCUAGAAGCCGGAUUGGAGGAGGCUGCAUCAGGGACGGUGAACCACCAUGGUUCAAGGAAUGCGUGGCGGGCUCAGGAUCAAGAAGAACAAACAAACAACGUGCGAUCGCCGUGAUGGCCACCUCAAAGACGAGUCCUCACAUUCGGAAGACAUCGACAGAGUGCUACGCUCCACUACACAACCACAACCACACGGCACGAAGGCGAAGAGGAACAAAAUCAACAUGAUCCUUGUUUUUCAAAGGCCACUUGGGAACGACGACUCUUGAUAUCCGCCGCUCCAGAAAGCCCACGUCGUAUGCUGGACAAGGGCUUCAUGCUCCUAGGUUAUACAAGACCGUCGUCACCCACGAGCUACCGAACAAGACUUUUCUGGCAGUGGUCUUCAUUCUUUGGAACGAACCAACACGAGAAUCCCCAUAGGCAAGGGAAGACAGUUUGAAGCGCUCACACAUGUUCUCAUCAUCGAACGAGCCAGACCUGGAGCUAGGGGAAUUUUCUAUGAAUUGGAUAUUGUAUUGAUCGACAACACUGGAAAAAAGGGUGUCGCAUUCCUGAGAUAUUUCUCCUCAACAAUCUUUAAACGACCAAACGAAUAGCAAGCGAAUGAAUUGACAGGCGCUCAAAGGGAAGAUACGAAAGAAGUUGGCAGCACACCAUGUCUGCUCAUCGAGGACAGCGUUUAACUUCUUCUAACCCCGCCGUAUCUCCUCCAGCCAAACACGAAGAUCACAUACGCAAUACUUUAGAACUCAUGUCUUAUUUUGUUGGUAUAGCUAGCCUUUGAUGAAAUGAUAGAAGCGAUUUUGAUUAUAUUAAAAA